CUCGCUUACUUUCCGUCUCUUUCUCGCAGCUAUAAAUUCUGAUCGAUUUCUUUUCUUUUCUCUCUCCUCUUCCCUCUCUUCCUUCCGUCCCCUCUUCUGGCGCGGUUGUCCGCGCAAACCCUGUCCAGCAUGGAUAUGAACCAUCUCAUAGGUCAGCGUUUCAACCUGAUCUCCAAGAGUGACAUUCGUUACGUUGGUACUUUACAUGAGAUCAACCCUGAGGCCUCGACAAUAGCCCUUGAAAAUGUCGUCUCUUUUGGAACAGAAGGCAGACGAGGAAAUCCGGCUGAGGAGAUCCCUCCGUCUGCCAGUGUCUAUGAAUACAUUGUCUUCCGUGGAAGUGAUGUAAAGGACAUUAGCGUAGCUGAGGAGAAGAAGGAGAAUGCACAGCCUGAACCUCCUCAGGUGCCAGACGAUCCCGCUAUCCUAGGGAGCAUGUCUCGCCCAGGACCCGCCCCUCCUGGACCUACUCAAUCUCAACUACCACAGCAGUCUCAGGUUCCUCGUCCCAGCCCCCCUGGAUAUCCUCAGCAGCCACCAUUCCCAGGCUUCUACCCACCUUAUGGACAACGCUUUGGCGCUCCUGGCUUCCCACCUGGACCUGGAUUUCCGAACAUGCCGUAUGGUGCUCCACCGGGAUGGUACCCUCCUCCUGGUCAGGGAUUUCCUCCAGGACCAGGACAAUUUCCUCCUCAGAUGCCUAUUACUGCCCCUGGACCACACCAAACUCCCCCUCCCCAGAAUCGAGCUGGAGCCCCGGGCGCGGGUCCUGUAAAUGUACCCAAGCCCACGUCGGAGCUCCCGGUUGGUGAACGGCAGACGAGUAAGCCCGCUAGCCGGAACGCCACACCUGCCCCUGCUCCAUCUGCACAAAAUCCUCCUCCACCCCCCGUCGAGUCUAAGCCUUCCGUAACAGAAGCCGUAAAGGCCUCUACUUCUCAAAGUGCGCAAGCAGCUGCUCUGGGAGCUGGUCCUGGAACACCAUCCAAGGUACCUCCCACUGGACCUAAGGGCGGUCGUGUUCAGCCAGCGAUUCCUGUCACCAACCUACCUAAGCCGCCUAUUCCGGCUGUAGCCAAUCCUCCUCUUGCUAGUGUUCCUGGAAAUAAUGUGUCACAAGGACCUGCGUUGUCCGCUAUCACGGAGGCUACUCGUGCUGCAACUGCUGCGGUUGCUGCCGCCAUGGCCAAGCUGCCACAGCCUAAUGCUCAGAAACAGUCCAUGCAGGAUGCAGCUGUUGACGCCGUGACCAAGCAAAUGGGUGAAUUGAAGACGCACGAAGGCGGCCGUCCUCCACGCGGUGGACAUCGUGGUGGACGUAGUGGUCAUCGCGGUCAUUACCAGGGACCAGCCAAGAAGGUUGAAGUUCCCGACACUGACUAUGACUUUGAAAGUGCCAAUGCCAAGUUCAACAAGCAAGAUCUGGUCAAGGAAGCUAUUGCCACCGGCUCUCCUGUUACCGAGUCCGAAGCACUCGUCGAGCACGGUGAGGUCGAAGCUGUUGAUACCAGUCAUCAUGCGCCGUCCACCAGUGCCUCUGCUUACAACAAAUCUUCCUCAUUCUUCGACAACAUCUCCAGCGAGGCUCGCGACCGCGAGGAACGCUCCGGAGGUCGACCUGGCGGUCGUGAGUGGCGCGGCGAAGAAGAGAAACGGAACAUUGAGACCUUCGGCCAGGGUAGCGUUGAUGGCUAUCGCGGUCAUUACAGAGGCCGUGGCAGAGGCAGAGGCUACGGUGGCCGCGGUCGUGGUGGCUAUGGCCGCGGCUACAACACUCGAGGCCGUGGUAACUAUCGGGGACGCAGCAACUCGCAGUCUACUGGGGUGCCUGCACCGAUCUAAUCACCGUCUCAUUCUUUUGAGAUUCCUUGAUGCUGUUCGAUUAGCGAUUUUACUCACCGACUUCUGUUGUUUUUGAUGAAUCUCGGCGUCUGGAUGGUCGCAUCCUACAAAAUACUCGAUAUCAAUCAAGCUCUAAUGUUGCGAUUGGGACUAGUACGAAUCACGGCGGGCUUGGUGAGCGUUGUGUUGUUUUGAUAUGGUUUCCGUUCACGGCGUUUAUCUAUUUUACCACUUGCAUGGCCUUGGUGACCGCACAGACGGUGAUGAUGAACAGUUUAUUUUCCCUUUACCUGUCAGGACGAGUAGUCUGCGUUUCGUCCUGGAUCUGGCUGAUGUGUUGAUGCCCUGCCUGUUGAAGGCUUUAUCUCUCAUGUGGCUGUCGACUGCAGGCACACCUGACUUAUGUACCAUAUUCGAGAAGAUAUCAUUCUGAAUGAAAUCACAAAAAAAAGGGCCCUCGAGCCUAGCCCAA